GACCCUCGGCAGGCCCCUGGCGGGGCCUGCCUCCGGGCGUUCGCCGCCCAAGACGGCGCCGUUCGGGGACGUGGCCGUGGAGGCCGUGCAGAGCUGGAGGGCGCUGCUCGCCAUAUGGGGCGCCGCUCUGUUCGCCCAGGACGCGCGGCUCUGCUGUGAUGAGGCGCUGGUGGGCCCCCUCGGCCAGGCCUUCCCAUGCCCCGUCGUCCUGGGCGGCACGGCGUCCGCUCUGCACUCGCUGCUGGCGCUGGCGGUCGCCUUCAUGGUCGUGCCCGAGGGGCUUGUGUUGGAGUGGCCGUGGGGCGCCAGCCUGGCGCCAGGGGUGAAGUCCGCGCAGGACCUGGUGGGCCGGGCGGCGCCCCCUUUGCGGAGCCAGCUCGGCUGCACGCUGGCGUCCCUGUACCUGGCCGCGCUGUUCUUCGCGACGGAGCUGGCGCAGACGCAGGGACACCCGUACCUCGGGAUGUACUGGCGCAUCCGGCCGCACCGGCACCUGGGCCUGUGGUGCUUGUGGGCGCUCUCCGAGGCCCUCUGCGUGGCCGCCGAGGCCUCGCUGCGGCUCCUGCUGUGCGCCUGCGACGGCUCUGUCGGCCCCGCGGGGCCCGCCGCCUCCGCCGCCCGCGCCGCGCCCACGACGGCGGCCGCGGCGGCCAGCGCGGAGCGCGCGGCGGGGCGCAGCGCCGCGGGGCCGGGCGCGACGUGGCGCAGCGGCCGCAGCGCGGCCACAGCGUGGCGCGACCUUGCGGAGGAGCCUGGUGCAGCGCCUCCCGGGCGGGAGGGCCCGUCAGGCCAUGCGGCCGCGGCGGAAGACGAGGCCGGAAGGGGCAGGCCAGCCGCGGCCAUCGGCGUCGACUCGGCGGCCGCGGCCCGCGCAGAGGCGUGCAAGGCUCCCAGGGCCGCCGCAUGCGAGGGGCAAACCAGCGCGUGUGGCGAGGUGCGCGGGAACGGGCGGUCGUCUUCGCCCGCUGACCUCCUCUUCCAGCCUGGCGGCGCCGCGGCCACCUCAGCGCCACAGGGCCAGCCAGUCAGUUUCGAGGUGAACGGAGUGCUCCAGGACCGGCAGCCGCCUGCGCCUGCGGAUGCGCCUCCCCAGCCCGACGUCGCCGCGGCCACCUCAGCGCCCGUGGCUGGGUGCCCAGACGCACCUGGGGAGGAGGUGCUCCAGGACCGGCAGCCGCCUGCGCCUGCGGAUGCGCCUCCCCAGCCCGACGUCGCCGCGGCCACCUUAGCGCCAGUGGCCGGGUGCCCAGACGCACCUGGGGAGGAGGUGCUCCAGGACCGGCAGCCGCCUGCGCCUGCGGAUGCGCCUCCCCAGCCCGACGUCGCCGCGGCCACCUCAGCGCCCGUGGCCGGGUGCCCAAACGCACCUGGGGAGGAGGUGCUCCAGGACCGGCAGCCGUCUGCGACUGCGGAUGCGCCUCCCCAGCCCGACGUCGCCGCGGCCACCUCAGCGCCCGUGGCCGGGUGCCCAAACGCACCUGGGGAGGAGGUGCUCCAGGACCGGCAGCCGUCUGCGACUGCGGAUGCGCCUCCCCAGCCCGACGCCGCCGCCACGGCACCGCUGAAGGGCCAGCUCGUCAGCUUCGAGGUGAGGUGCCCAGACGCAGAGGCGGGGAUGCACUUGCGCGUCGUUGGCAGCUGCGAGGCGCUCGGCGCCUGGAAUCCGCCGAGCGGCAUGCUGCUCGUCACCUCCGCGGCGGACUUCCCCACGUGGCGCGCCGCGGAGCCGGCGCGGCUGGCGCAGGACGAGCAGGCGGAGUACAAGUACGUCAUCCUGGCGGCCCGCACGAGGGGCCGCAGCCCUCGCCUCGCCUCUUCGUGCGCGCCGCCGGCUGUCUGCGCCGACGAGGGCCGCGCGGCCCGCUGGGAGGAGCGGGCGAACCGGACCCUCAGGCCCAGGGAGCUGGCGGAGAGCAGGGCGGCCGGCGCCGCUGCCGUCCUCACGCUGGUCGAGGAGUUCAACAGCGCCGAC